UUGGCGGGAGAUGCGUCUCCACUGGAGCCCCCUCACCUCACAGCGCUGUCCCCCGCGAGAGCCCGCUCUUCCCUCAUUACUUAUACAAAAUGCUUAAGACUCUACGUCCCGCUCUCCGCGCUAAUAGCUCGCGCCCACUAUCGCCGUCCCGCUUGCCUCGCUUGCCCCGCGUGCCUCGCUUACCCCGCUCAGCGUAAUUAA